AUGGUGCUGAGUUGCCUUGGGGUUCCACCCUAUAAAUGGUGGUCGGAGUCCUUCACGGCAUCUACAAUCAAGGAGCUGCAGCAGAUUGUCAGCUCAUUAGCUCAGUUUUUGGAGUUCAGGAAACAAAAACAGAUUUGGAGAUUGAUAACUUAUGACUUUUCUUGUGUGUAUUGUGAAGAGAUGGAAGAGGCAGUUGUGGAUCGUUCAGUUUUACCUAUGCUGCAUCCUUCUCGGGAAAAUGGAGCCAAAUGGUUCAACCACGACACUCAAGUAUCCACCGCUGUCAGAAAGGUCAUUCAGAGCUGUUUCAAAGGCCCAUAUUACUCUUGGAAAAAAGUUCCUCCUUUCUACAAAGGAACUUGGUUUUCUCUUUUCAAGAAAAAGUUCAACUGGAAUCCAGCUAUCAACCAUCAAGUUAAAGGAGAGUUUGAUAAGCUUGCUGCUUAUCGCCUCAAAGGAAUGAUAAGCGCUGCAAAGAAGGACGCUCAGAAAACAGGGGAAAAACCAGAUUGGAUCAUGUCUGAUGUUUGGGCCAUUAUGGAAGCUCAUUGGGCAACAGCUAAAGCGAUAGAAAAGAGUGCGAAAGCUCGAGCUUCACGAAUGUCUGAUCGCGGUGGUAUAGGUCCAUAUUCCCACGUAGCAGGAUCUCGUUCUUUUGCUAAAGUUCAAGAUGUUUUGGAAGCAAACAAUGAGGACUUCUGUUUCUUUGCCGUGAUGAAGAAAACACACCAGAAGGCAGAUGGAACGUACUCUGAUCAAAGAGCACGUUUAGUUGCAGAAGCUUACGAGAAGCAUCUAGAAGAACACUUGGGACAGCUCGAAAUUGCUGGGGAACAGUGGACCGCUGAAAAUCUGGGCCUACGUGAAAAAAAUGAAAUUUAUGUCAAGGCUGCUACUGGUGUAUCUAACCAAGGCAUCUUUGGACUUGGAGCACUACGUAGUGAGGUUUUACUAGCUGGCGAAGCUUCUUCGAGUGCACCACAACUUGAAGAACCAGAGAUGUGUCCACAAAGGAUGCAAGAGAUGGAAACAGAGCUGAAAGAAAGCCGUGAAGAGAAUCUGCAAAUUCAGAGGAGACUUGAAGCUUUGGAGAAGAAACUUGAGAGUUUGGAAAGACAAAAUGCCUAA